AUGUUUCGCUCAACAUGGCCCCGUGGCCUAACCAUUAUGAUCACAGUCAAAGAUGGAAGUGUUAUCCUUCCCUCCCGCUUUUCAAAUUUGCUCCACACCUAUUACCCCUUGCUUGCCAUCGCUCUUCGCACUAUGAAUGGGAUCUCUUCUGAUGACAACCACCACCAAUUGGACGAUAGUUCAAAUGAUGUUCAAUGGCUCCUUGACAGAGUCAAUAUCUUUGAACGCAGCCCAAAGGGGCUGCUCGAGGCAUGGCAGCUAGCACAGCAAUCUGAACCGACUUCCACGACCAGGAUAUUUUUGGACCAAGGCAAAUGUGCUUGGUUAGCAUACCAUCUCAGCAAAGCGGCGGCGGAUCAACCAACGCAUUUCACUGGUCAAAGUCACCUGCGCCGCAAGAUAUCCGAGCUCGAAAAAACUCCUUCAGCCUAUCGAACCUCAAUAGCGGAGAAGCUGGAAGCUGAACUUGGCUCAGAUGUCAGGGACAAGAUCGAACGUUGGUGGACUACAUCGAAUCGGCAACGGGCGACAAAGAGGCGGGCCCCAUCUGAAGAGAGGCGUAGCCCUUCCCCAACCGCGAGUAUUGCGAGCUCGUUAGCGGUUGCACGCGGACCAUCGACCGUAUAUCCCGCUUUCAGCACAUCUGGUAACGUUGCCGAAUACGAACAUGUACUUGUAAAUGCAUCUCUAGCGGAGACGGUGCGGCUUGUGCCGCUAUCGCUAUCCGAUGCAAUUAGGAGGGUUCCUGAUCCAGGGGAUGAGAAUAGCCUUGUCGCAUCCAUCUCAAUGUCAUUUCCCAACGUCCGGUCCGAUUUCGGAUGCCAAAUGGCAUUAGAAAUCAUGGAGAACAAGAUCGACAAUCUUGCUCGAGACUUAUUCGACGUUAAAUUGGAGACAACAGCUGGGCUUCGAUAUGUUUGUUUCUCUGAAGGUGCCAAAAUACUCCCUAAUCCGAAAUUUACUAUCAGAGGGUGUCGGCACGAUGUAAUCUCGAAAGCUUUUGGGAAUGAGAUCAGCAGUGCGGUCGCAGCUAGUCCUGCGUAUCAGGAAGACCUCAAACAAUGGCGAGGGCGCACAGAUUGCGUGUGGAUGGUCAUUUCACACAAGGCGAACGAUACGGCUCAGCUUUGUCUCUCUAUGGAACUGUUUGAAGGGACUCUCAUUCAACGCAAGCUGUACAGAUAG